AUGACAAAGCCCACAAAAGCUGGAGACCCUCUAGACUAGAAAUGGCAGUUGCUUGCAUGACAUGCCAUGGUUGCUCUUGAGCUUCGUAUGAUUUACGCCCUCAAUACCUGUGAUCACUCAAGUAAUCGAGGGAGAUUGCCAAGUUUUCAUGGCGUCAGUUCGUCGUCUUGCACGGACAAUUCAGACGUGCCGUACAAUCGCAUUUCGUAAAACCCUAACCCCUUCAAUUCCAGCUCAUCGCCACAUCUCCUACCGUACUUUCAACCAGAACAGCCACUCUUUCCAUGAUAGUUCUUGGAGGUCAACAAAUGCUCCUGGAUUAAAUUAUCUUCCUGCAAUGCUAGCUGGAAUAUUUGGGCUUGGCCUAGUAGAUGUAGCCUAUGCAGAUGCACCUGAGGGUGAGGCUAAAACACCUUCACCACCUGAAUCACCACUACCAACACAUGUUGAUAUGGAAGCAAUUGCCAAAAAAGAAAGAACUCGAUUAGAAGAGUUGCUUAAAACCAAAGGAAUGCAAUACGGUUCUUACCCUCGGUUUACUGUUGCUGUGAAGGGCAAAAAGGUUACAAUCAAGUUCCAAAUUCCUCCUACUUGUGAAAUUGCACUUUUGAUUUCAAACAUUGUUGCAAAUCUUGGUGUCAAAGUUGAAGAACGAGCUACAGGUUCAGACAUGAAUUUACGUGCUUGGGAUAGUGGUGUUGCUUGGCAGCUAACACUGAAUCGCCCAGUGGAUAAGAGCAGUUCUGAUGCAAAUCCAAAUGAUGAGGAUCUUUGCAUUCUGAUGUUCCGAUCACUCAUUAGUUCUGAUAAACCGGAAAUGGAGUUUAUAAAGCAAGGGAGCUUUACACCUGAGGAGCUUGAUGCUCUAGUAUCUGUGUUGAAAUUGGCGGGAACAGGACAAAAUAAGAGUAUGGAUAGAAGAGGAGAUAAUGCACGUAACUCAUCCUUGGAUAAAUCAGUUACCAGUUUAGAGGGCAUGGGUGUCAAGAUUUAUGGACUUAAGGAGCCUAAAUUAGAACACUCAAAAUCUGAAGAAAUAUCAUGGGAAAACAUUGCUGGAUAUAGUCAACAGAAAAGAGAUAUAGAAGAUACAAUACUACUAGCUCUUCAGAGUCCCGAGGUUUAUGAUGAAAUUGCUCGUGGGACCCGCUGCAAAUUUGAGACAAAUAGACCCCGUGCAGUACUCUUUGAAGGCCCACCAGGUACUGGGAAGACAUCUUGUGCUCGUGUUAUAGCCAAUGAAGCGGGCGCCCCGUUAUUAUAUGUGCCAUUGGAGGUGAUCAUGUCAAAAUAUUUUGGUGAAAGUGAGAGAUUGUUAGGGAAAGUAUUUUCACUCGCCAAUGAAAUUCCAAAUGGUGCAAUUAUAUUCCUUGAUGAGGUUGAUUCCUUUGCUACUGCUCGUGAUAGUGAAACUCAUGAAGCUACUCGUAGAAUCUUGUCAGUCAUUUUACGCCAGAUUGAUGGGUUUGAGCAGGACAAAAAAGUGGUGGUGAUAGCUGCAACCAAUAGAAAACAAGAUCUUGAUCCUGCUUUAUUAAGUCGGUUUGACUCGAUGAUUACAUUUGGCCUACCAGAUCAGCAAACUCGCCAGGAAAUAGCAGCUCAAUACGCAAAACAUUUAGCAAAAACCGAGUUAUCUGAAUUAGCUGCAGCCACUGAAGAAAUGUCUGGACGCGAUAUUCGAGACGUGUGUCAGCAGGCAGAGAGGCGAUGGGCAUCAAAGGUUAUACGGGGGCAAGCACAGAAAAAUGAAGAUGGUGCUUCUCUUCCACCACUCCAAGAGUACAUUGAGAGUGCUUCAGAACGACAUAAAGUUUUACUUGCAGCUGCAACUGACAAACAAGACCAUAACUUUUCACCCAAAAAGAAGCCUCAGUAUGAUUUCCUUUGAGGUUUUUUUUAUAUGUUUUUCAAGGUGAAAUUGCAAAGUUUUUAAUCUUAAGUUGAUGGUUAUUAUAUGUAAAUAUAUAAUACGCAUUUUGAAGUUAAAUACCAGAUAGGCAAACAGCCAUUAGACUUUA